UCAUCCAAAUAUGCGCGUAAUUGGAGUGCACUUGCGAGGCGUCCCUUGCUACCCAUGCGGGAUAACGUCGUCGUGAUGUUCAAUACUUCGGGAAUUGAGCUCACUUUUACCAAGAAGGAGGAUAUUUCCGAAGUUAUCAAUGGCUCUCUGCAGCUUCUGUACGACGCCUUCACCAUCGUUGGUCCCACGGCCAUGUGGAACGAGUCUUGCGGGGAACAGCUGCAGGAUUUCGGGCGUCCGGAGAAGAUCAUCAUCGGGGUGAUGCUGGCCAUCAUCACAGCGGUCACCGUUAUGGGCAACACGCUGGUGGUGAUCGCGGUGUGCGUGGUGAAGAAGCUGAGGCAACCUUCAAACUACCUUCUGGUGUCUCUGGCAGUGGCCGACCUGUCCGUGGCCAUCGCUGUGAUGCCCUUUGUGAUAGUGACAGACCUCACCGGGGGGAAGUGGCUUUUUGGAGAGGUGUUCUGCAACAUCUUCAUCGCCAUGGAUGUAAUGUGCUGCACUGCCUCCAUCAUGACCCUGUGUGUGAUCAGCGUCGAUAGAUAUCUGGGCAUCACGCGGCCUCUCACCUAUCCGGCGCGGCAGAACGGUCAGCUGAUGGCGAAGAUGAUCCUGGGCGUGUGGCUGGCGUCGGCCUCCAUCACGCUGCCACCUUUCUGCGGCUGGGCCAAAAACGUGCACACAGCCGGCGUGUGCCUCAUCAGCCAAGACUUCGGCUACACCAUCUACUCCACAGCCGUCGCUUUCUACAUCCCCAUGCUGGUCAUGCUGGUCAUGUACUACAAGAUCUUCAAGGCGGCGCGUAAAAGUGGCGCCAAACAUCGCUUCACUGACAUUUCUCGCCGCGAGCGUCUCAGCACGGUGGCUAACGAGGCGUUGAGGAUGCACGGAAUGAAGCCGGGUGGCGUGGCGGAGGAAUGUGCCGCCAUUUCCCGCCUUUUGAACCGCGAGCGAAGAAACAUCUCCAUCUUUAAGCGAGAGCAGAAAGCAGCGACCACGUUGGGCGUAAUCGUCGGGGUUUUCGGCGUUUGCUGGCUGCCGUUCUUCAUCCUUUCCACCGCCAGGCCAUUUAUUUGUGGCGUUGAGUGUAGCUGCGUUCCAAUUUGGUUGGAGCGAACGCUGCUCUGGUUGGGAUACGCAAACUCCCUAAUGAACCCUUUUAUCUACGCCUUCUUCAACAGAGACCUGCGCUCCACUUACCGUGACCUUCUCCGCUGUCGCUAUCGAAACAUCAACCGCAGACUGUCCGCUGUGGGCGUCCACGAGGCUCUCAAGGUUUAAAAAGCUGAGGUUUGACUGUCAAAAAAAGGGUGGUUUGGAGGCCUUGUGAUUGUAUACCUGGUGCUUAAAGGGGGAUG